CACAAACAUGUGAUUAUAAUAAAUAUUAUGUAAUGGUUUAAUGCGAGUAAUAAUCUUAGGGAGAAUACAAGUGUAACGCCUGACAAAUUUGGUGCGAACCAAUAAUUUUCCUCCUAUUUUAAAAAGAGACGCUUCCCUUCACUUCACUCCACUUCACUUAAAAGUCCACCACAACAAUCUCGCUGCAGUGAGCGAUGAUGAAAGCAAAUCAGAAACCGAAGCCACACGCGCCGCCGCGCCCUCUCUUCUCAUGUGGCUUCUUCCGCCGCUGCACACAGUCCGUACUCAGUCCAACCUCUCCCCACCAGCAGCAACCUCGCCGUAAACCCACCACCACAUCAUCCUCCUCUUCUUCCUCCUCAACCUCAACUUCCCAAAGCUUCACUCAAUGGCGCUUCCCUCAUCACCUUGAUCCAACUCCAUCCACCGCUCCUCCACCUCCUCCACCACCUCCACCUCCGCCUCUUCCGGUAACCACCACUCUCCAAGAAACCUUCCAGAUCGCAGAGCUUCAUCUCACAUCCGUCUCUGAAUCCGACAAGCUCCUCGCUCUACAGCUACUCGAGCGUGUCGUCGUACCCGACCCGCCUUCUGAUCCGACUUGUCCACCGGGUCUCAUGCGAUGCCUCGUCUCUUGCCUUCGUAGCAACAACAAGAUCGUAACCGCCAAAUACGUCACCAAGAUCCUCCUCGCUCUCUGCCUCGCCGAAGGAAACCGCCACGUGGCGGUCGAGGCUGGAGCCGCCAGAGCGGUGAUAGAAACAGCGGCGGGGCUAGAGAUCUCAGCGGUGGAACGAGCCUUAGCUGCGUUAGAGCUCAUGUGCACGACGGCGGAAGGAGCUGCGGAGGUUCGUGGUCACGCGAUGACGGUGCCGGCAAUGGUGGCGGUGAUGGCGAGACUAGCAGGGAGGGGAAGAGAAUACGCUAUAAGCAUACUUUCCAUAGUCUACGGGAAAGCAGGCGGAGGAGGAGAUUCCGGCGAGGAGAUCGCGGUGGCGCCGGCGGAAGAGGUGGCUCGGGCGGUGGCGUUGGCGCUGGAAGGAGAGUGUACGGCGAGAGGAAGAAGAAAAGGGGCCCAACUAUUGAAGACACUGGAGGAAUAUGGACGGUUGGAUCUGAGUCAGAAUGGGACAUGAGAAAAUGAAAUCUAACGGUGGAGAUUAUGUCAGAUGAAAAAUAAUAAAUCUGAAAGCUAGUUUUUUUGGGGUCACGGGCUUGUUGUUCUUUUCUUAAAGAUGUGUGGGCCUUCGUCUCUGUCUCCCCUAUCUAUUAAUUAUGUAUAUAUUACAUUAAUUGUCCCUUUUAAUUAUUAGAUAUAAACCUUUGUCAAAAUUUGUAUAAACUAAUAUAAAUUUGUAUCAUUUUAAUUGAAGUGAUGUUAAACAA